AUGGCAUCAUCAUCACCAAGUGUGGCUUCGACCGAUUCAUACCCAGUAAAUUUCCGUUCCUACAGCACCAAUCAGACCACCGAUGACGGAACACAUUCAAAUGAAUCGAAACUACUGACCCCAAAUGAAGAUAUUCGAACAUUACCAGCGGUAGUUCCGAAGGUGAAAUGGGACAAGGAACAGUUUGACGUUCGCCGACCGUAUGAAAGAAAAAAUUUCGAGCGCCCUUACCGAGAUCUUCCCGGGCAUUUAUCCACCUUUGAAGGGCUGAACGUGAAGCCACGAAAAUGUACCACCACAAACCCAUUCGCUAGACGGACGCCUAUUGAGGAAGUGUUUCACAAGCGCAACGUUAAGAGUGUUUGUCCGGCGGAAGUACCGCGACCACUAGAGGAUUGCGUGGAGGAUGUUAUUGUGGCGGACAAUGUGAGCUCGCGGGAAAGUACGGCGGAGGCAAAGGUGGAAGAGGCGGAGAAAGUUGCUGACGGGAGGAGGAUUGUAUCGCGAGAGUGCUGCAAGACAUUUUUCCGUGCCCGGAGAGCAUUGCUUAGAAGUGAACUGUUUCGAGAGUACUUCAACCGUGAACCAACUUCGGAAAAAGAAACGCCAACGGCGGAAGAGUCCGAUGAUAGUGAAGAAUUACUGGACGACUUGCCAGAUGAGUUGAAGCAGAAUGACAGCAGUGUGGAUCGUGAAUUUCCAGAUAACGAACCUCACCCAGUUCGAAGUAGCUCAGUUGCGUCUUAUCAGCCACCGACAAUAAUGCACAGGGAUGAGAAAGUUCCUGUCGUUGAAGCUCAGGAGCAGUUCCUGCAACGAAUGAGAUCUCGAUACCUGCAAAAGUUUGACCGUGUUACACGGCAGCUGCAGGAUGCCGAACAAGAACGGCAGAAACCUCCUGUACCGUUCGAUGCGGAAAAAUACGAAGCAGAAUUUCCAGAGCCUGACAUCCGGAACGAAGCCAAAGUCCAUUUCCGCGAGGCGCUCCGAAACCGGUUGGAGGAACUGGACCAACUUCAACACCGCACGGUUCGUAAAUAUCCGACAUCCGUGAAGCAGUUUGCAGCGUACAAAGCUCGCAUUAUGGAGGAUAGGAGAAAGCUGCGAGAUGAGGCGUUGCUUGUGGAGGAUUACUUUCGCAAUGCAAACACCCCGAAGGAACUUCCCGAGGCAAAGCUCGAGGUGAAACGGUACCGUUUGGCGGAAUUCGGUGUACAUCCUGACGACUCGGAGGACGAAGAGGAGCGGGAGGCGAACGAACAAAGCAAGCGAAAUGAGCCAUUGGUUUAUCACACUUGCAUGACCCGGGAGGAAUGGGGCCACUGGAUAGCGCACAGCACCAAGAUCGAAAAGCUGAAGUUACCAAAAGUCACCGUGCCGCGUGUUCCGGUGCUAGUGCAGAAAUGUGACGAGAGUCCAAUUCGACUUUAUAUCCAAGGAAGCCCGUUGGUUGGCACUAUAAACACUGAUAGUUCCCCAAAAAAGAUUUUCCAUUCCACUCAGACAUUGACUCCCCGCAAAUCUAAGGUUUCGAUGCGUGAUCUUCUGUUUGACCCGACGCCCCGACCAGAACCGAUGGAUUACGUGCCGUAUAAUGCAAGCCUCCGACCAUAUUCGAACAUUGCCGAGGAGCAGUUUCGUAGCGUCCAAGGGCGACGGAAGGUUUGGCGGCAGCUUCGUAAAAGCCGGAUGCAUUGGAUUGAGGCACUCGUCGAUGAGAUCUGCAGCCGAAAGCGAUGCGAGUAA